UUAAUCAUUUAUGAUUCUAACUUUUUCAUUUCUAGGUAUAUACAAUAUGGCUUCAGACAAGACUAUGCUGGUCGCAGCUAUAGAUUUUGGCACCACUUAUUCUGGCUACGCAUUUUCACUACGACACACUUACGAGAAAGACCCUCUGAAAAUCCACGCAAACCAGGCUUGGAAUGCUGGUGGUCGACAGCUUUUGUCAUUGAAAACACCGACAUGUCUUCUGCUAGACAAUAACAAAAAGUUUGUAUCGUUUGGAUACGAGGCAGAAAAUGAAUACGCUAACCUUGCAAUGGACGGAGAACAGGACAAAUAUUACUACUUCUACCGAUUUAAGAUGAAACUUCAUAAUAAUAAGCAUAUUACCAGCGACAUGGCUGUUGAAGAUAUAACUGGAAGAACAUUACCAGCAAUUGAUGUAUUCUCUAUGUCCAUCAGAGCAUUAAAGGACCACUUACUCGAGGAACUAGAGAAACAAGGGACGGGACUGAAAGUUGAUGAAAUAAAGUGGGUCCUUACAGUACCUGCAAUUUGGUCGGAUUCAGCAAAGCAAUUCAUGCGUGCCAGUGCUGAGAAGGCAGAAAUACCCGGAGAACGACUACUGAUAGCAUUAGAACCAGAAGCAGCCUCUAUAUAUUGUCAACAUCUUCCUAUAGAGAAACUUCAAGGAGCAAAAACUGGAUUUUCAAUGUCCAAAAAAGGAACAAAAUUCAUGAUAAUUGAUUUAGGCGGUGGAACUGCUGACAUAACUGUCCAUGAAAAACUGGAUGGAACCAGACUGAAGGAAUUGUGUAAAGCCUCGGGGGAUGCAUGUGGAGGGACAUCAGUUGACAAUGCGUUCUUUCAAACAUUUGUGAAAAUUCUUGGUGGACCAGUAAUGAGAAAACUACAGAAAAAGUACACAUCGUCUUACAUGGAUCUAUUUAGAGAGUUUGAGACAUUGAAGCGAACAAUUAAAAAUAGCACAUCGGGGAAAGUGAAUUUUACAGUUCCAUACGUAGUUUUGGAUCAAAUAUGCAAGGAAGAUUUGGACGAAGAUUUUCCAAAAACAGUAAAGGCAUCAACACUCGCAGACAAGUUAUCUAUUCUCGGCGACAAGAUACGCUUUGAUGCGGAAUUUAUGAAAUCCCUUUUCAAACCGACAAUCGAUAAUAUCAUAACGCAUGUGAAGGACGUGCUUCGAAAGAAAGAGUCCGGCAAUGUUGACAUUUUUCUACUUGUUGGGGGAUUUUCUGAGUCGCCAAUGAUACAAGAGGCAGUCCGAAAAGCAUUUCCGAACACAAGAGUUAUCGUACCAGAAGAUUCAGGUAUUUCCGUUCUGAAAGGAGCUGUGUUGUUUGGUCAUAGACCAGAUUUCAUCUCGUCUCGUAUUGCAAGAUAUACAUACGGUGUUAAGAUUGCGCAAGAAUUCGAUCCAGCAAAACACGAUGAAAGAAAAAAAUACAGAAUUGGAAAUGUUGCACAUUGUAAUGAUGUUUUCAGUAGUUUUAUGAAAGCAGACACGUCUGUUCUAGCAGGUCAAAAGGUCGUUAAAGGCUAUACAACCACUUCGCCAUUUCAGCCUCAAAUGGGAUUGCGGGUGUACUACACACCCUCUGAAGACCCAAAAUAUGUCGAUGAUGACGGCUGUAGUCUUCUUGGCGAAUUAGACAUCAAUGUGCCAAACCCAUCCGCCGAAAACCACCAAUUGGCAGUGGAGUUUCAUUUUGGAAAUACUGAACUAAGUGUCACUGCAGUGGAAAUUCCGUCCUUAACACCAUGCAAGGCAAAAUUUAAAUUAUGAUUUCAACAUUCAACUUGGAUUCUUCGUUCCUUUUGUAACCGUUUAUCAUGCAUUCAUUAAUAAUAAUGUUAUCAUACCAGA